UUAUAGGAAAAUGAUAGGGUGGGGGGAUGUGUACAAGGUGGUGGAGGCCAUGGCGCCGCUAUAUCUUGCCCUGUUCUUGGGCUACGCCUCCGUACGGUGGUGGAACAUGUUCAAACCGGACCACUGCGCCGCCAUUAACCGUUUUAACUGUUUCUUCAUCCUCCCAUUCUUCAACUUCCGCUUCAUUUCCCAGGUCAACCCCUACACCAUGAACUACCGUUUCCUCGCCUCCGACGCCGCCGCCAAAUGCGCCGUCGCCGCCGUCAUCGCCGCCGGCGCCGCAAAAGUGGGGUUUGACUGGGCGUUGACCACCUUCUCUCUCUCCACUCUCAACAACACCCUCGUCGUCGGCGUGCCGCUGCUACAGGCCAUGUACGGCGGCUUGGGGUUGGAUAUGGUGGUUCAGUCCGCCGUGAUCCAGGCGGCGCUGUGGCUGACGUUCUUGCUUUUGGGGUUGGAGUUGCGGCGUACGAGGUUGUCGGAAACGGAGUCCACUAACGGCGGGGACGGGAAUGUCGGGCGGUCCGUUAAAGUGGGAGGGGAUUUGGAAUUGGCGGCGGGUGGGAAUGGUGACGCCGUUAUAACGGCGAGAGUUGUUGUGAAUGUGAGGAAUAAUAAGGCAUCGUUUGGGAGAUUGAUUAAGGUUGUCUCGUUGAAACUUGCCAAGAAUCCCAACUCUUAUGCUUGGUUUUUUGCCUUGGUUUGGGCUCUAGUGUCCUAUAGGUGGCAUUUUAAGAUGCCUGGCAUAGUGGAUCAGUCUAUUUUGGUCUUGGCAAAGGCUGGGAGUGGAGUUGCCAUGUUCAAUAUGGGAUUAUUCAUGGCAUUGCAAGAGAAGAUUAUAUCUUGUGGUACCGGUUUGACGAUAUAUGGUUUGGUGCUGAGGUUUGUAAUCGGUCCUGCAACAUCUGCACUUGGUGCUAUGCUCUUACGCCUUCAUGGUGAUGUCUUCAAGAUUACCAUAGUCCAGGCAGCGCUCCCUCAAGCAAUCACGGCGUUCGUCUAUGCGAACGAGUAUGGAUUACACGCUAACGUUAUUAGCACCGCAGUUAUCAUAGGCACAAUUGUUUCUCUCCCAGUAUUGAUUGGAUACUAUGCUGCUUUAGACCUCUUGCAUUGAGUUUGUGGGCUUUGUAACUUGUAACCUUCACUUGUAGUUUUCUUCAAUUUCAUCAGCCCAUUUCAUUA